UAUGUGGACUCGCCUGAGAAGUCCACAACAUCAUGCUCAUUUCUCACUUUAUUGAGUUUUUCAUGCGGCAAAGCUUGGCUUUGUAUAAGGUUUCUUGGUUGUCAUGGUAACAUAGUACUGUGCCGAAGCGAUGGCUUCCUCAUACAACGAUGCCCCUGAUAACCCUGGCAACUGGCGAGAGCACAACUUCACCAUCAACACCCCCGACACAACCUCAGGUUCGGAUGUCGAGCCUACGACUACUAGUAGAGACAUCUAUACCCAACCUAUGGAUGAUAAUUACCAUGUACAGGACUCUAAUAUUAGUACAGAGCUGCAUAAAGGACUGGGCAAACUCUACAACAAUGGUCUACUCACCGAUGUCGUGUUGAAAGUCGGGAAAGAAACGUUUCCUUGCCAUCGCAACGUCCUUGCGUCUGUUAGUCCGUACUUCUUCGCGAUGUUUACCAACGGGUUGGCGGAGAGUCAUCGGCGUGAGGUGGAAAUCACAGGAAUCGAUGCAGAAAUCAUGAAGGCGAUUUUGACGUACGUGUACACAACGGAAGUGGAACUCACAGCACAGGAUGUAGAGAGGCUCCUUGUCGCAGCACACAUGCUGCAGAUAGAGUCACUUGUCGAUCAUUGUGGGAACUUCAUGUCAUUCAGGUUGAACCCAUCAAACUGUGUUGGUAUGUGGAUCUUUGGUGACACCCACAAUGCUCACGUCCUGCGCAGUGAUGCCCGGCAGUGGAUCGACUUCAAGUUCGACAUUGUCCAAAAAGAAGAGGAGUUUGUAAACAUGGACAAGGACAGACUCGUGGAGAUCGUAUCAUCGGAUGGGCUGUAUGUGGAGAGAGAGGAACUGGUGUUCCAGGCUGUCAUGAACUGGCUGAAAUAUGAUGUACCAAACAGGAAACAGUACGCAGCAGAGUUACUGAAGCAUGUCCGGCUUGUUCUCCUACCUCCUGACUAUCUGUUUGACCGAGUGGAGAAGGAAGAACUCGUGAUGUCCAGUUCGGAGUGUGUCCGGCAUCUGGACAGGGUCAAGAAGUUCCACAUCCUGAAGGAUCGGCGCAACCAGCUGGACCUCAAUACCACUCCUAGGGCAGGAAUGUUCAAGACCGAUGCCAUCGUCUGUGUUGACCUAAAACCUCACGAGAACUCAGAGGGGGGAGAUGAACAACACAUGGUGGACUGUAAGGGGGUGAAGUCUGCCAUC